AAAAAUGCUCCCGUUAUCUCCAUUCUCACCAAAAUCGCAAGCUCGCCUUAUUCACGGUACCAAAGGCCAAAGCUAUUGCAAUGGCGAUCAUCUCCAUGUUCUCCUCUUCUCUCUCCCUACGACCUCAUGGAUGUCCCUCCGCUCCGCUCCACCCUUCCUCCUGUUGCGUUAGAAGAGCGUCAGUGGGUUACCGUUAUCGGUCUCUACAGAAGAAGACUGCUUUGAAAAGAAUAGUUAGGGCAGUAGCGGAGGAGGAAACACUAGCUUCGGAAGCAGAGCCUACGCCGAAAGUGGAGCGGACGCCCUCCGCGGAGCAAGCUGUUACUGUUCCAGUUUCGCCCUCGGAUUUGCUAACAAUGUUCUUCAAGGCUGAGGGAACUAUGGACGACACGGCAAUAUCAAAACUCUCCAAUGCUUUAGAGGGGAAGGAAGGUGUCGGUGAUUUGAAGGUGCAAAACCUAGAGGGAAUUGCAAGCGUUGAGUUGACACAACAGACAACAGUACAAGCUACAGGCGUUGCCUCAAAUUUGGUCGAGAUUAUACAAAGUGCAGGCUUCAAGUUGCAGACUCUUAGUUUGAGUUUUGAAGAUGAGGAAGAUGGCAUUAACUAAAUUAUGUACAUUGAACUUUUGUGCUAUCUGUUCUAUUUAUCUUUCUUUCUCUAUUUUUUUUUAUUGUAAUGACUUUAGAUCAUAGCAUUUAUCUUCUAUCAAAUAUUGCUUUCUGUUCUUAUAGUUC